AUGGGAGUUCCACACCUGCUGUUGCGUAGGCAAUGGCUUCCUCAACCCCGUCUGAAGUCGGGAUUGGCUCGCAGUUUCUACACUCUACCUAAACCCUCAAAACAACUACACCCAUCACCAUCGGAAUUACUUCGGUUCGCUCUGAGGGACUCAACCGAGCCAGGGCACAACUCAAGCUCAGCUGAUGCUCUGCCUGCAUAUCUUCGUGAGAUUUUCAACACCGAAUGGAGGCCAAGUAGUCCACCUCCGGCAUUGUGGAGUUCUCUCAGAGGGCUUUCCCCAUCCCCAGGAAAAGAGGAGAUCAUCGAUGUUCCUUCCCUACGAAGCGCUAUUGAAAGAUAUGUUAAUGAUAAAAACGGAGCAGAAUUCUUGCAAGAAACACUAUGUGCGCCGCUAAGUCAUACUUUGCAACGUCUUGAACAGCGAAACACAUCGACGGAGCUUCUGCCAGUGUUAAGUGACCUUCUUGCAAGGCUACAUCGUCUCCAACUUCCAGUCAAGCGAAGUUUUUAUUCUAUUUGUAUUGGAUUUGCAAUGCGUUAUUUGUCAGUGCCAGCUCUCAGGCAUUUCUUAAACGACUAUUACCGCAUGGGCUUCCCGGCCCUGGAUAAUCAGCUAGAAAUCAUGUGGAUAUCCACUGGCUGUGCUCAACAACUUGACUCAAAAUCCUUCGAAGAUCCAAGCUAUGACCACAAGCAUAUGCUUGCUGAGAUCACAGGCGAAGGAGACCUUUUACCCCUAAAUCGUGUGAGGCUGCAUGACAUCUUGUGGUUGACAGAAACCGGACGAGAUAGUAAGGGGGAAAAAGUAACCAAGCAUAAUGCGUUCUACCUCUCUCUACUAGCAAAACUUGGGAGUGAUAGGGUGCUUCAUGACUGCUGGGCUCAAUUUGUGAUAGGCCUCACGUCUGGCCGCCGUUUCAGUGGGGGUCACGGUAUCGCCUACAAAGUGGUGCUAGUACUAAUCCAAAGUGGGCGCUCCGAGACAGCAGCGAAGUUCCUCGAAGAUGUAUCUCAGGUUUCCGGUGACAACCUUCCGGGGAUUGCAAGGGUUUCAGCUCUUUGGGCUUUCCUUGAUGAUCCUAUUGUGGGUGAUGCAUUGCCUGAUUUGGUUAGAGGAGAGGACUACCUUGAAUUGCUAGAGGUUUGCCUCGAGGGCAUGGACCGGAGGAUGGGUAUACAGUGGGACCCUGAAAGUCAAAGUCACUUCAGCACGUCCUCAGAACCCUCAGACACUAUAUGGGGAGCAUUUGACGAGCAAGCACUACCCAUUAUUGAUCGACAACGCAUUGCCUCCGGUCACAGCAGCCAACUAUAUGCAGAACUUCAAGUCAAUGGCUGUUCCAAAUCACCAGCUGCAUUGGGGAGAAUCGUGGAAUUGUUACAUGAUCACGACGGGCAGUCCCAGGAGAUUGUCACUCAUCUCGAUUACGACGAACUUCGACUUGAGGAAUUUCACGCCAAAUUUGAAUCUCUUGAACUUCGAUGGACUCCAGAGCACUCACCGAUAGAAUUCUCCAACUCACGACUACCGGCGCUGCAUGACUCGUCGGUACCGUGGACUCCAUCUACCCUCGGACUCAUUCGGGCUCGCUUGAUCGUCGAUGGAGUGCCUCAGAUGGGGAUCAAUACCUUACAUUUGAUGCAGCUCGGCUGCAUGGACAUGCGGUAUGGGCCGGAUCAGCCAUGGCAGCCAUCCGGAUACACCGUUGUUUGGGAUCGUCACUACAAUGAACUCCUGGCCCUGUAUGUCGGGAACGGGAACGGGGUCAUUGAUUGUGGUCCAGCGCCUUCAAACGGCCCCUUUGGGGCCUUGAUGCAUAUCAAGCUCCCAACUGAUCCCCACCGAACAUUGUAUUCUCCAUUUGGUACUUCCACACAGGCUCGAAAUUGCUAUGGGCCUUACUACCUGGAUGUAGAUCCAAGUCCAGACUUGGUGCAUUAG